UGUUAUCAAAUUUGGCAACCUUGUGGGAUCUCUGUCAUAUCGUGUGAAUGAGAUUACAUUUCCUAACCUAGUAGAAUAUAUUUUAGACAAAUUAAGAAACAAUCUGCUAUUUAAGUUGUGAUAAGUGAUUAAGGGAAUAAUCUUGUAACAAUGGCCGAAGCGAUGCGACAAACCGUAGCUGGAAUGUUAAAAGGCAUUGAAAGAUAUAAUCCAGAUCAUUUAGCAACUUUAGAAAAAUAUGUUGAAAUACAAUCAAGAGAGAAUGCGUAUGACUUGGAGGCUAAUUUGGCAGUCUUGAAACUGUAUCAAUUGAAUCCACAUAGAUUUAACAUGGAUAUCACUUGUCAAAUAUUGUUGAAAGCUCUAACAAAUCUUCCUCAUACCGAUUUCGUACUUUGUAAAUGCCUUCUCAGCGAACGAAUUAUGCAAGAAAGUCCUAUUAAUCAAAUCAUGUAUUUGGGAGACAUUUUAGAACAGUGUAACUUCCAACAUUUUUGGGAUAGAGUUCUUUCUAUGUCCGAUCUUUGUGACAGAAUUGUAGGAUUUCAAGAUUCUAUAAGAAAAUUUGUUUGCCAUGUAGUAGGAAUUACAUUUCAAACAAUAGAUAAAAAUCUUUUAGCACAACUUCUUGGAGGUGUUGAUGAUACCACAUUAAAACAUUGGGUAAAAAAAUAUGGAUGGAAAGAAGAAAGUAAAUCAAUUAUUUUUAUCGCUAAUCAGGAUGAAAAUAUUAAAACAAAAAAUAUUACAGAAAAAAUAGACUUCGAAAAUGUCGCUGGUUUAAUGGCUGCUUGUCUUUAAAAAAUAUCUUCAAUAAAUUUUUUUGAAUAAAAAUAA